AAGUCGAUGUGUAAAAGCAUGGUGACACUAAAUGUACAAGCAAGGAUAGCGCAAUUUCUUCCUAAAUGUAAUUUUACAAGAUAUAAUACAAAUCAUAAUCAUGAUAUGAUCAAACGAUUGAACGACAUCCGAUCUUCAACCUUUAGUUUCAAUAAUCUUUCUUGGAUAAUCUGAUACCGGUUUAAUGUGACUUUCAAGUGGAAUAUUCUAUUGGAUAGCUCUCUUUGCUUGCACUUUUUAGAACUUUCAAUUAAAAUAAAAUGGAUAUAUCAUGUAUCGAUGAGUGAGCGAGCAAGUAAUUUAAGUGUAGAAAGUGUAGAAAAUAAAACGGACAAAUCGUUUUUCUUUAAGACAAAAAAUUAAGUAAAGAGAGGUGUAUUAAAGAAAUAAAAAAAGAGAGAGGAUAUUAAUAAUCAACUAUAUUCUGUGGAUUACAAAGAUCCUUCAAUGAUGUUUUCUUCAGGCCUUAAUUGUAAUCUCUCUUUUCCCAGUUGUUUGGGUUAUCCACAAGAUAGUGAGGAAUUGAUUCCAAAAAUGGCACGUGAGCCAAUCAUUCUUAAUGUUUAUGAUAUGUACUGGAUAAAUGAAUAUACUACACCUAUUGGUCUUGGUGUAUUUCAUUCAGGAGUGGAAAUAUAUGGAACAGAAUAUGCAUAUGGUGGUCAUGCUCAACCAAGAAGUGGUAUUUUUGAAAUCACACCAAGGGUAGCCGAAGAAUUAGGCGAACAAUUUAGAUAUAGACAAUCUGUUCAUAUUGGAUAUACAGAUUUCACAGAAGAAGAUGUUUCAAGAAUUAUUACAGAGUUAGGUAAAGAUUUUAGAGGGGACCGUUACCAUUUGAUGAAUAAAAAUUGUAAUCAUUUCAGCAGUCAGUUUACACUGAUUCUAUGUGGACAGGAAAUACCUGGUUGGGUAAAUCGUUUAGCAUAUUUCAGUUCAUGUGUACCCUUUCUACAACGUUGUUUACCAAAGGAAUGGCUAACGCCUGAUGCUUUGCAACAUUCUCUCAGUCAAAUUAGUCAUCACGAAAGUACACCACCAUCGGAUACUUCAUUGUAACAUUUAGUUAAUAUCGUUAAAAUGCACGGUCUAAAAUACCAUAGAAGUUAUACAUUCUAGGUAAUAUUAAAUAUGGAUGGAAAAAAUAUUAAUUAGAGCUAUGACUUUGCCAAGAUUUGAAAAUCUAAGAAACUAAACCGUCAAAGCAAGGUACAAAUUUGAUAUUGUACACUUGAAUGCGACUGCUAACAAUUAGUACUAAAAAGAUUGCCUUUGUUGCAACACAUCUCCUAAGAUGGCAAUCUGCAAUGUCGCAUGUGUUCUUUGUUGAAUAAUACAGUCAAGAUACUAUAGUUACAUAAUGAAUAGAUUACAUAUAAAUUCAAAUUAUAACACAAGGAACUUGUAUGUUAAUGAAAACAAAACUUGUUAUACUAGAAAAGAAUAAUUACUAAAAUUAAUUUUUUUACAAAAGUUUUUAUUUCAUAUUUGAAGCUGUAAAGCACUAAUAAGUUUUAAAGUAUGAUGAAUGAACGUCAUAUAUAAAUGUGUGUGUGUGUGUAUAAAUUAUAUGUAAGAAAUAUGCAAUAAUGUUUAAUGAUCUAAUUACUUUCUAUAAUUUGUGUGUGGGUAUACACACAUCUAUACAUGUGUGUGUGUGUGUGUGUAUACACAUCUAUACAUGUGUGUAUG